GUGUGUGCGUGUGUCUGCAUUUUUUUCCCUGACAUGAAGAAGGAAACCAAGUGAGUAUUUUGUUCACUGUGCCUGUGAAUGCUAGUCCUGAGCCUUUUCAGUCGUUUUGCUUGACUGAAACAGUGGAGGUGGCAGAAUUUAGCUGUGGAGUUUGGUUACCAUGUGGCGUUGUUGGAUGCCCUUCAUCUUGGCCUGGGUAUCCAUGGCAACCCCAACGCUCUGCCAAAGUGGAGACUGGGGUUCAGGCUUUGAUAUCGACUCUGCGAUAAUGGCCGCCAAUGACACAUCUCAUGUCGGUGAUGAGCCUGUGAGGAUAAGAAACGAUCAAGACUGGAUCACAUCAGCAGCUUUCUCACCAUCAUCACCAUCAUCAGCCUCGUCUACGCUGCAGUACGAGACUCAACCGGACAAGUGCUCAGUCCACUUCAGCACUAACCCUGCUUUGGCUCGACGUCUGAAGGCCCAGAAAGAGGAGCUGGCCUAUCUGCAGGCCAUCCAGCAUGGGAACAAGGCAGUGAUGGAGAACUUGGUGCAGUUUGUGGGGGCAGAGCUGGGAGAUCAGAGCUACGAGGACGUGAUUAAGGAAAAUGUCAUCGGCACCCAAGAGGACCACAAGAGUUGCCACGAGGUGGUAGAGAAAGCUGAAGAAGAUAUGGAAAAGCAGCUGGAAGGGGAAGUGUUGAGCGCUGGGAUGCAGAAAAUCAGAGAGGAGUCCUUGGCCUUUGAAGACAUGCUCCGUGCCGCAGCGGACAUCGCCAACAGGCUGGAGAUCUCAUCGCAGGCCCUGCACGCUUCAUUCACCAAGCAGCUGAAAGACAUUGCCAAGAUUCAUCGCUAAGGAAGUGUUGAAAAGAGUCGCUGCUCUCAUGUCAUCCUCCAGCUUGGUGAGGAUCUUUGGUAUCCUGUGCGAGACCCAAAAUAAGGGAAAUAAACCUUCCUGCAAUUCAAUAUUUUUAAUUAAUUUAACUAUGUGUGUCAAGGUCGGCGAUUACAUCAACAUGGAUAAAAGAUGACAGGAAAGCUGAAGGCAAAAAAGAAUCGUUGGAUUAAAAAAAACGUGUUACCCUUUCAGCUGAAGUUAUAACCCACAUCACCCAUAAAAUAUUAUUUUCCAUCCAGGCAUUAUUCAUGGAAUUGGUUGAGGUCAAAUGUGGUAACAGUAUGCGGUGCAGUUGUAAGCCAAGUUGAGUGUGUAUGGUUCAAACUUGAUUGGCCGUCAGAGACCAAACAUAAUGGCUCUGUAAGUCUUGGAUCGGCCAUCUGGUUCCAGGGUGAGGAUGGAGGCCAGGAUAUGCUUAGGAUGAUUAGUGUGUUCCAGUUGGACAAUUUGUUUUUGCAACAAAAAAAGAAGAAGAUUGCAACUGGUUAUCAAGCAUUGUUAUCUGUUGUUUUGGAGAAAACUCUGCAAUAAACCUGUUGAUGAGGAUUAAGAUAUUGUAUAAAGAAUUAGACGAUUCCUGUGAUCGGGAAGAAAUUAGCAGGAAACACACCAUAAGAAAACUUGAUAAAGCUCAUAAAACAUAACACCUCUGAAUCUGCACAACAUUAAAAGCAGUGGUUCUCAACCAGCGGUCCGGGGACCCCCAGAGGACCUCGAGGGAAUUCCAGGGGGUCCCCAGAAAAAUAGGGAAUAGUUUAUUUUCACUAUUUAAUUCACUAUAGAAGUGAGCAGUGAGCCCGAUGUGAUUAAGAGUCAUAAGAGUUCCGAUUCCGAUAUAAUUAUAGUCUUAUCUAACCACGAAAAUGUUUUCAGAUGGAGGUCACUGAAGCGAAAACUUAUCAAAUGGGGGUCUGUGACUUCAUGUGUAUGAAUUUAGGGGUCCUAGACACGAAACAGAUUGAAAACCACUGUUUUAAAAUGAACGCUUGUGAGAUUUCACACCGAAUGUGAACCUUAGGAUCAGAAAAGAAAAACAAUUUGUGCGUCUCAGCUGGAUUUACCCGUUCAAAUAUGUGAAACGCUUUCGCUGUGCAUCCAGCUCCAUUGUGCUAUUCUCUCUUUAACCCUGUCAGGACUUGUGUGAGAGAUUUCUUUCAUGUUUGAAAUCAUGAAGUGUAAUAAUGUACAAUGUAUGACCAAUAAGAGAUAAUGAAGGAGCUUGUAUCAUUAAAUAUUUUCAAAAAUCUCAAAUGAAGGCUUUAGAAGCAAACUCUAUGGCAUGCCAAUGUUUUUAGCCCCCUUGUUGUACAGCUGACUCCAAGAAAAGUUCCU